UUUAUAAAAACAAAGAUGCUAAAACAUAUAUUCAUGCUUUGCCUUUUGAUCGUUCUUGGAAACGAUAUGCCAAUAAACAAAACCGUUGUUUUACAUAGUGGCUUUGGGGCCCUUAAGUUUAUUAUACAAUUUCGCACUAUUUGCAAAAACAAAAGCAACAUAACUACCGAGGCGACCACCACUGACCAGAUCACAACCUCAACUACUCCUUAUCCUAUAUAUAAUACUCCUCUAUGGAGUACAAUUUCGGAAGAACCGUUCAAUAUUUAUGAUGAGCCAAAACCCGAAAGUGGCUCAUUGAUUCUAGAUAAUAAGAGCACGACUGGUCUUCUAUAUUUAACAACACCCAGUCCAAUCACCGAAAGCGACAGGGCAACAUCAAUUACUACUGCGGAAUCACCCGUAACGCUCAAACUAAUAACCACAAAAAGUCAACAAUCGUCAUUAACAAUUGAAAAAGGCACAACAGUCGACGAAUCCUAUAGCUCUUCAGAUGGUAUAAUAUUCCCAUCAACUGAAGAAAGCACAAGAGCCGACGAAGCUUCCGGCACUUCAGAUGCUACAACAUCCCUAUCAACUGAAGGAAGCACAACAGUCGACGGAUCUUCAAGCACUUCAGAUGUUACAACACCGUCAUCAUCAACUGAAGAGAGCACAACAGUCGACGAAUCUUCUAGCACUUCAGAUUCUAGCACUUCAGAUGUUACAACACCAUCAUCAUCAACUGAAGAGAGCACAACAGUCGACGAAUCUUCUAGCACUUCAGCUGUUACAACGCCGUCAUCAUCAACUGAAGAAACCACAACAGUCGACGAAGCUUCCAGCACUUCAGACGCUACAACAUCCCUAUCUACUGAAGGAAGCACAACAGUCGACGGAUCUUCCAGCACUUCAGAUGCUACAACAACUGAAGAGAGCACAACAGUCGACGAAUCUUCUAGCACUUCAGCUGUUACAACACCGUCAUCAUCAACUGAAGAGACCACAACAGUCGACGAAGCUUCCAGCACUUCAGACGCUACAACAUCCCUAUCUACUGAAGGAAGCACAACAGUCGACGGAUCUUCCAGCACUUCAGCUGUUACAACACCGUCAUCAUCAACUAAAGAGAGCACAACAGUCGACGGAUCUUCCAGCACUUCAGAUGUUACAACAUCCCUUUCUACUGAAGAGAGCACAACAGUCGACGAAUCUUCUAGCACUUCAGAUGGUACAACACCGUCAUCAUCAACUGAAGAGAGCACAACAGUCGACGAAUCUUCUAGCACUUCAGCUGUUACAACACCGUCAUCAUCAACUGAAGAGACCACAACAAGCACAACAGUCGACGAAUCUUCUAGCACUUCAGAUGUUACAACACCAUCAUCAUCAACUGAAGAGAGCACAACAGUCGACGAAUCUUCCAGCACUUCAGAUGUUACAACACCAUCAUCAUCAACUGAAGAGAGCACAACAGUCGACGAAUCUUCUAGCACUUCAGCUGUUACAACACCGUCAUCAUCAACUGAAGAGACCACAACAGUCGACGAAGCUUCUAGCACUUCAGCUGUUACAACACCGUCAUCAUCAACUGAAGAGACCACAACAGUCGACGAAGCUUCCAGCCCUUCAGACGCUACAACAGCCCUAUCUACUGAAGGAAGCACAACAGUCGACGGAUCUUCCAGCACUUCAGAUGCUACAACACCAUCAUCAUCAACUGAAGAGAGCACAACAGUCGACGAAUCUUCUAGCACUUCAGCUGUUACAACACCGUCAUCAUCAACUGAAGAGACCACAACAGUCGACGAAUCUUCCAGCACUUCAGAUGCUACAACAUCCCUAUCUACUGAAGAAAGCACAACAGUCGACGGAUCUUCCAGCACUUCAGAUGCUACAACAUCCCUUUCUACUGAAGAGAGCACAACAGUCGACGAAUCUUCUAGCACUUCAGAUGUUACAACACCAUCAUCAUCAACUGAAGAGAGCACAACAGUCGACGAAUCUUCUAGCACUUCAGAUGUUACAACACCAUCAUCAUCAACUGAAGAGAGCACAACAGUCGACGAAUCUUCUAGCACUUCAGCUGUUACAACACCGUCAUCAUCAACUGAAGAGACCACAACAGUCGACGAAGCUUCCAGCACUUCAGACGCUACAACAUCCCUAUCUACUGAAGGAAGCACAACAGUCGACGGAUCUUCCAGCACUUCAGAUGCUACAACAUCCCUUUCUACUGAAGAGAGCACAACAGUCGACGAAUCUUCUAGCACUUCAGAUGUUACAACACCAUCAUCAUCAACUGAAGAGAGCACAACAGUCGACGAAUCUUCUAGCACUUCAGCUGUUACAACACCGUCAUCAUCAACUGAAGAGAGCACAACAGUCGACGAAUCUUCCAGCACUUCAGAUGCUACAACACCGUCAUCAUCAACUGAAGAGAGCACAACAGUCGACGAAUCUUCCAGCACUUCAGAUGCUACAACACCAUCAUCAUUAACUGAAGAGAGCACAACAGUCGACGGAUCUUCUAGCACUUCAGAUGUUACAACACCAUCAUCAUUAACUGAAGAGAGCACAACAGUCGACGAUUCUUCUAGCAUUUCAGAUGUUACAACACCAUCAUCAUCAACUGAAGAGAGCACAACAGUCGACGAAUCUUCUAGCACUUCAGCUGUUACAACACCAUCAUCAUCAACUGAAGAGAGCACAACAGUCGACGAAUCUUCUAGCACUUCAGAUGUUACAACACCAUCAUCAUCAACUGAAGAGAGCACAACAGUCGACGGAUCUUCUAGCACUUCAGAUGUUACAACUCCAUCAUCAUCAACUGAAGAGAGCACAACAGUCGACGGAUCUUCCAGCACUUCAGAUGCUACAACAUCCCUUUCUACUGAAGAGAGCACAACAGUCGACGAAUCUUCUAGCACUUCAGAUGUUACAACACCGUCAUCAUCAACUGAAGAGAGCACAACAGUCGACGAUAUAAAUCUGUGUUGCACGGCACAGAUUGUGAUAUAUUAG